CCAUAUGAAGCGUGGACCGACGUCCACCAUCAAUCUCCAAGCGUGUAUUUGCUACUGCAACACCUAGCACUUAGCAACACACCACUCCCCUCUCUCACUUUUCAGUCUUCUUCAACAAUCUCUCCUUCGAGAUCUCUCUUUUGUUUGUUUCCUUCUCUCUAGAUCUCAAAAGUCUCUCUCUCUUUCUUCCUCAGAAAGUCACACGCACAAGUACAGUCCUACUUUCGCAUCUACCUAUAUGCUUAUAUAUACGCACGUGUGUAGCUAUACUUCUGCUAGAUCUUCACCGCAUUUCAUGGAUCUGCGACCCCACGCACCUGCAUUGCCUUCGCCUGCUCUCUUCUAGGGUUUUUCUUUCCCGUGGCUGUUGCUUACUUAAACUCUUGCUGGCUCAAGCUAUGCGGAAUCUCGCUGCUAGAGCAGAAUGUAAUGGAGAGCCUAACCGAGGGAGAUUGCUACACCAGAACCCUAAUCUCGUGCUGCAACUGUCCAGCUUGCUUUAGUCUUUCUGAGUUUUUGUUUCACUAGAGAUGAUGCCAGCUUUGGCGCUCCUGCUAGUCAACUGGCUCAGUUUCGUUUCGUCUUCUUUAGGGCAACCGUUAUCUCACAUCUACUUGUCUCCUUCUCUACAACCUACUCAGCCACUAUCCAUGAGUAAAAUUCUGGUUGAGCAUGAAAAAUCAAAUCCAGUGAGUGUCUCAUUUGCUCGGUUGAGACCAUCAAAAACGCCUUUCUCCAAGCCUUCUUCAGGACCAUCUAUUGCACCUGCCCCUUCGCCAGUUCAUCAUGCUGCUGGUCCUUAUCCAUUACCAAGACAUCAUGGCCACCAUCAUCGUCGUCAUGCAAGACCUCAUGUGAUCGCACAAGCCCCUUCAGAAGAGAAAGGUUGUGAUCAAAUUUGCACAGAGCCACUCACUUCAACUCCUUUUGGUUCACCAUGCGGUUGUGUGUUUCCUAUGGAAGUUCGGCUUCUUAUAGAUGUUGCUCCUUAUGCUGUUUUUCCUGUCAUGAAAGAGCUAGAGAGUGAGAUUGCUGCAGGCACAUAUUUGCAAGAAAAUCAGGUGAAAAUAAUGGGUGCAAGUGCUGAUAGUCAAAAUCAAGGAAGAACAGUAGUGGAUAUUAACCUGGUUCCAUUGGGUGAGAAGUUUGAUAAUACUACUGCUAUACUGACAUAUGAGAGAGUUCGACACAAAAAAGUGCCGCUAAAUAUGUCUCUUUUUGGCAAUUAUGAGGUGAUAUACAUUAGUUAUCCAGGGAUUCCGUAUUCACCUCCGUAUUCAAGUUUCAUGGGGAGUGGUCCAAGUGGCAGUACUAGAGAUCUCCCUAUAACUGCACAUCUUGUCAACAAGAACCAGAGGAUGAACUUUAGAACCAUUGCAAUCAUUGCUUUUUCAGCAUUUGUAGUCCUGUUGGUUUUUGUUGGAGUAAUAUUUGUCUUCGCAAAAUGGCGAAUGAUAGGAAGACCAUCAAGUGCUGUUGGUCCUGCAUUUACAUCAUCUAUCAACAAAAGAUCUGGCAUUGGAUCUAUGUUAUCAGGUAGUAUUGCAAGCUCGACAUCUGGGUCCCUCCUUUCCACCAUGGCUCCUUGUGUCCUCUCUGUUCGAACGUUUGCACUAGCCGAGCUUGAGGGGGCUACAGAGAAGUUUAGUUCAAAAAGGAUAUUGGGUGAAGGAGGAUUUGGACGUGUUUAUCAUGGGAUUAUGGAAGAUGGAAUCGAAGUUGCAGUUAAAUUGCUUACAAGAAGUAAUCAGAAUGGGGACCGUGAAUUUAUUGCUGAAGUUGAGAUGUUAAGCAGAUUGCAUCACCGUAAUCUUGUGAAGUUGAUUGGCAUUUGCAUUGAAGGACACACACGUUGCUUAGUUUAUGAAGUUGUUCCCAAUGGCAGUGUCGAGUCCCACUUGCACGGUGUUGACAAGAAAAAAGGACCCCUUGACUGGGAUGCUCGGAUGAAGAUUGCUCUUGGAGCAGCUAGAGGGUUAGCCUAUCUUCAUGAAGAUUCUAAUCCUCGUGUGAUUCAUCGAGACUUCAAGGCUAGUAACAUUUUACUUGAACAUGACUUCAUGCCCAAGGUGUCAGAUUUUGGCUUGGCAAGGGAAGCAACUGAAGGGAGUCAACAUAUUUCUACUCGGGUCAUGGGGACUUUCGGGUAUGUUGCACCUGAAUAUGCAAUGACAGGGCAUUUACUUGUGAAAAGUGAUGUUUAUAGUUACGGGGUUGUACUCCUUGAGCUUCUAUCUGGAAGAAAACCUGUGGACAUGUCCCAACCUCAGGGACAGGAAAAUUUGGUAACUUGGGCUCGGUCACUACUAACCAGUAGAGAAGGUUUGGAGCAGUUGGUGGAUCCUUCUUUGGCAGGAGGCUAUGAUUUUGAUGACAUGGCCAAGGUGGCAGCCAUUGCUUCUAUGUGUGUGCAUCCGGAAGUGACGCACAGGCCAUUUAUGGGUGAAGUUGUGCAGGCUCUAAAGCUUAUAUGCAAUGAUACAGAUGAGACUUGUGGUGACUGUUGUAGUCAAAAGGAGUCAUCAGUUCCAGAUUCUGAAUUAAAAGGUGAUUUUGCACCUUCUGAUAGCAGUUGGUGGAAUGCCGGUGGUAUAACUCCUCGAUUAAUGUACGGGCAGGCCUCGUCAUUCAUAACAAUGGAGCACAGUUCUGGGCCCCUUGAAGACAUGGAAAACAGACAGUUUUCAGGUUCAAGUUUUGUUGGGGAUGGAUUUUCUUUGCCAGUCCGGCAUGGAAACAGAUCAGGUCCAUUGAGAACAGUUCGAAGUAAGCCCACCUUCUAUAGAUUAAGAGGGAGUAUGAGUGAACAUGGACUGCUUUCAAGAAGAACAUGGGUUUGAAGCUUCUUUGAAGAGUUUUUGAACUGUACAGUCCGAAGGGCAGGCCAUAUAACAGUGAGUCCUCAAGUGAUGAUACCGUAGGUUUUUGAGAUUUCAUGGUACAUUGUGUUGUGAGAUAGAGGGAGGCAUAAUUUUGGGGGUCUUUGAUUCAUUACUAUGCAAACUUGGAGAUGCAAGUUGAAUACUCCAUGUAUUGUAAAUCUGCUUAAUUAUUUGUGCCUUGUGGUGCAGUGAUGUGUCAAAUGACAAGUUUUCUACUGGCCAACUUUCGUUUAUCA